CAAACAUAGUGGGAUGAAUAACGCUCGGCGUAAACAUCGAUUACAUAUACGGACGAGAGCUCGCUGAAGACUUCAAAAAACCAAGAAAAUAACUCCGUUGGCUAAAGAAACCACCACAUUAGCGCGACUUUUUAUUAUUGUGAAUGUGCUUAUUUAGGAAUAGUGAUUUGACAUGUUAAGCUGUACGAGCGGCAGCAGGACUUCAGGCUGGACUCUGGAUCAUCAUACUGCGGUGAUGUGUGCUUAUUCCUGAUAUCUGGAAAGUUGAGCGCGUGUGUGAUUUACAAGCCAGAUUCAAUAACAGUUGAGAUCGGAACACUGAUACGAUCGAUUGGGAUGUCUAAGGGAAUUUUAUACACCUGAUCUAGGAGAUCAUGGCACUGGUGAACGACCAGCAUCUGACACGUCUGGAUCUGAACUCCUUGAAGUGGUCCGACGAGUUUAGAUCAGUUCUACCGAGAUAAACGCGCUUGCGGCUAUUUUACACAUUGACUUUUUGUUUUUUAUCCUAAAGUAUUUGUUGCGUAUCCUUUUUCCCUAAUUGAUUUGCUUAGACUUAUCAGAAGUGACCGUCGCUUCCUGGCAACGUGGAAAGUCGAAGGUCACCAUAUCGGACCAGUCAUUCAUAUGAAGCGGUAAGAAACAUGUGGAACUCAGGGUCAGUGCAGGGUCUACUGAAAGCCCUGAAGCACACGGCUGGUAAAGGGCAGAUCCAGCUAAGCCGUUGGCUCCAUCGGACCCCGGACUCUCUGGAAUGUGACAAGAUUGACAUCUUGAUCUGCAAUGUUUUUGAUGAGCGAGCAAACGGCGGAAAGUCGGACACCGAGAGCCUUUCCGACACCGGUGUGUCCUUCACCCCCGAAUUCAGACACCCGUGCUGUAUUACCACCUGUUGCUGUAAAAGCGCCCUGCUGGCCUGCAUCCUGACCGCGGUUUGCUUCUCAUCGGUGGCACUGGUGCGCCAGUAUCUAAAGGACGCUUUAUUGUGGGUGGAGAGUUUGGACAGUUUUGUGGGAGCCAUGCUCUUUAUCGUGGGCUUGAUCUCGGUGUCGUUUCCCUGCGGCUGGGGAUAUAUCGUGUUAAACGUGGCCGCCGGGUAUUUGUACGGGUUUGUGCUUGGUAUGGGUCUGGUAAUGGUCGGGGUUUUGAUCGGGACUUUCAUUGCUCAUGUGGUGUGUAAGAGAUUACUGACGGAUUGGGUUUUGAAUAAGAUCGGCAGCAGUGAACAGUUGAGUGCUGUCAUUCGGGUCGUGGAGGGGGGAAGUGGACUCAAAAUUGUGGCCUUAGCGAGACUCACACCGAUUCCUUUCGGUCUACAGAAUGCAGUCUUUUCGAUCACAGAUGUGUCCUUGCCAAAUUAUUUAGUGGCCUCUUCAGUGGGACUUCUCCCAACACAACUGCUUAACUCGUAUCUGGGCACCACGCUGCGUACGAUGGAGGAUGUGAUCGCGGAGCAGAGCAUCAGUGGAUAUUUUGUAUUCAGUCUACAGAUCUUCAUCAGUAUCGGCCUGAUGUUUUACGUCGUACAUCGAGCGCAGGUGGAACUGAACGCCGCCAUCGCCGCCUGCCAGAUGGAGCUAAAGACGUCGUAUACGAACGGCAACGAGACCAAUCACAGCGGUCCGAGCUACUGCAGCAAAAGAACCGCGGCAGGUGGGGGAAUCAAUGUAGUCUGAGGGCUAAUAUUGAGAUUUGGCUUUCGAGGAACAUGAUUGCACAGAUGCGCUGCCGUGACCGGAAUGGCAACCGGAGGUGCAACGAAGCCACGUCAGGCAGUUUGGGUUUUCACUGCUAUCAUAAUCCAGCUGAUCUGGUUAUGAUUCAGGUCGAAAUGUGGAGAGGUAGUGGAUUUUUAAAGCUAAGGAGCUGUACGUCAGCCUUUGAGACGUUGCCCAAAGACUGAGACGCUUGCCUAGUUUUCUUUGAUAUAAGCUGAUGAAUUGACUGAUAUAAAUUGCUAUAAACAUUUUUGAAGUACAUUUUCUUCCUACAUUUCUUUUUUGACACUAAUAUAAAUUAUAUUAAAGUUUAUAGGAUGUCUAGAGCAUGAGCGGGUAAAUUAAAAAGUGUUUUAGAAUUGUAGUUGAGAUGUUGAGAGGGCCUAACUAAUAUAUCAGGUUGCUUUGUUUUUUUUUUCAGUUGUAUAUAUUUUGUUUUUGGUAUAAAUGAAGAAUUGCUUUGGAUUUUUUGAUACUUUUCAGAAAUGAAGUAUUGCUUGACAGAUUGUUUCGUAUAUUGUUUUAAAAAGGGUCUGAGAAAUGUUAUCAGUAAGUAGGGGAGAGCGGGGCACAACCUAACGCUUUUUGGUUUGGUUUUGGUUCAAUCAAUUAAAUUUUUUUUUUUGAGUUUGAUUAAUUAUAUUUUUACACACAUCUCUGCUACAAAUGAACAUUUGAAGUUUGUUUCUAUUACUUACCAUUCUUGGAAAAUUACACCAACAGAAGUGCAAACGUAACAACUUACCCCAUAGAUGGGGUUAAUUGUAACAGGCAGGGGGUUAGUUGUAACACUUGCUAAAAAUUAAGUUUGCAGGCUAAUAUUUCAAUACUUUUUUGUCUUUAUACUUGAAGUGGAUAUUGUUUAUAUAUCUGUCUAUAAUAGACAGCUAUCCACACUGUAUUCAUUCAUCCAGCCCUUUUUUAAUAAUUGUUCAAUUAUAAAUGGAUACAAAUGUCUAAAUAUGUGAGAAAAAGCAGCACAAUUAUGACAAAACAUUUUUUAUAUGUGACCCAGUCUGUAAUAACCAUACUACAGUUUAUGAGCAUCAAAGUCUGAUUUUAGCCAUUCAUUUCAUUAUGAUUUCAAUCUUUGACAUGACCUUAUUCAAUUAAUAUUAAAGAUAUGAACAAAAAUAAAUUUGACACACGAUUUUUGACAAGACAGGCACAUUUAUUUUAUUGGCAGCCAGCAAUUAUUCAUGUGUAGUCUAUUUAAAACAACGACAAGAAUUACGCUAACGUUAGCGGUUUUCAUAUUGUAUGUGAUGAGGGGUUAGUUGUAACACAGCGUUACAAAUAACCCCGCUGGGUCAAAAUAUUUUCAAGCCCACCAAAAAAGUUGCUAAGAGCUGCAGACAUAUUUCAAAACGAUGCUAUGUUUUAGUCAACAAGACACUGAUUAAUAUGACAUAACAUUGGAUUUGGUAUCUUACAGACCCAACUUAGAAACCGAAAAAAUAAUAUGUUGA